GCUUGUACGGAGGCUAUGCUCUUGUCGCUGCUCUCUGACCCCAGUGGCAGUCCUUUCUUCCUCCACUGCGGUCUAGACUCACUCCCCCUCUCCGCCAGUCAGAGCGAGACUCGCCGUCUGCCCGCGCUGCUUUUCCCGCGUCUCGCCGCUGCGCUCCUCCAGCUCGCCGGAGGGUCUCCCAGGGUCGAGGGUCCUGCCCCUGCCCGUCUCCGAGUGCCACCCCUUCGGCUACAGACAUCUGCAUUUCCCGGCGUGUAUGGAGCAACAUCCUUAGAGGUAGUAGUUUUUCUCCACACUGGCGCUAUCAAGGAUUCUUUUCUGCAUUUAAGGGGUGGUUUUGAAGGAUGCCGACUGUGUGGGUCGCUCCAGGAUCCUGGUGAAGUGUCUCAUGUGUGACGCAGAGAAAGAAUGGCCCACGGAAUGCCGUCACAAGGCAAAGUGAUCAUCUCGGUGGACGAGUACAGCUCCAACCCCACGCAGGCCUUCACCCACUACAACAUUAACCAGAGCCGCUUUCAACCACCACACGUGCAUAUGGUGGACCCCAUCUCGUACGACACUCCCAAGCCGGGUGGCCACACACGCUUUGUGUGUGUGUCAGACACACACUCACGGACAGAUGGCAUCCAGAUGCCUUAUGGGGACGUUCUCCUGCACACGGGGGACUUCACCGAGCUGGGCCUGCCCUCCGAGGUCAAGAAGUUUAACGACUGGUUAGGUAGCCUGCCAUACGAGUUUAAAGUGGUGAUUGCGGGGAACCACGAGUUGACCUUCGAUAAGGAUUUCAUGGCGGAACUGGUCAAGCAGGAUUACUAUCGCUUUCCCUCCGUGUCCAAGUUGAAACCCGAGGACUUUGACAAUGUUCAGUCUCUCCUCACAAACUGUGUUUACCUACAGGACUCUGACGUCACCGUCAAGGGCUUUCGAAUUUACGGGACACCAUGGACACCGUGGUUUAAUGGCUGGGGUUUUAACCUGCCCAGGGGACAGUCCCUGCUUGAUAAGUGGAACCUCAUUCCAGAGGGCGUUGAUAUUCUCAUGACCCAUGGGCCGCCCCUCGGUUUUAGGGACUGGGUACCGAAGGAGCUACAGAGAGUUGGGUGUGUUGAGCUGUUAAACACAGUACAGAGGAGAGUUCGGCCCAAACUCCACGUGUACGGGGGAAUACAUGAAGGUUACGGCAUUAUGACAGAUGGGUACACAACGUUCAUCAACGCCUCUACCUGUACAGUCAGCUUUCAGCCCACCAACCCUCCCAUCGUGUUCGACCUCCCAAAUCCCUCUAGCUCUUGAGAAGCGUUUGAACGUCACCAUCCUCCUUUUCUUUCUUAAUGUUUCUAACAAUCCUUUGAAAAUAGUUGAAUGUUUCUUUCAAAAUUGUCAGUCUUUGGCUUAAAAGUUCAGUGAAAGUUUAUGAUGGUGGGUGGGAUGGUGGGGAUUGGUUGGGGUGUUAUGUUUAGAAGUGGUGAAUAAUCUUAUGAAAAGAUCUGAUUAAAUCUGUAAGAUAAUAAGCUUUGUGAAUUUGUAAAAUUGUCUCUUUUUGGUCAAUAUUUGAAGUAUGUUGGUAUGGGAUGCCAUUGUUCAUUUGUAUAUUCUUUUUUUUUCUCCUGGAUAAUUAAGCUUUCUUUUAGCUGUCAGGGAAAAUGCCUUAAACUAGCUUUAAGUUCCCCAACUGAAGCCCCUUCUUUCUGCUAGCAAAGAGAAAGCCUCAUAUUUAUUGUUUUUAUCCAAAACUGAGGGGAUUAUUGUUUUCAAAGUACUCUUUCUUACAAGCACAGGGAAGACAUGGAUGCAUUUUAACUCGUGUAUAUUCUAGAGCACCUCAUUCUGCAAAGAAAUUGGAAAAUGUCUUAAAAUAUUAGUAUAUCUAUAUGUAUGUGUGUACGCUGUAAAAUCUCGAACUAAAAUUGUGUUCAUUCUAAGCCUCUUGAAGAAUGUCAUUGUGAUGAUUUAUAUUUGCAUAAAGCACACAUGCUCUUUUUUUUUGUUGUUGUUGUUCUCAUGAAAUGUUCCUUUAAAGUUCAUUCAGUGUUGCCUACUUCACGACAUAUUGUUCCAUAAAAUAAGCAAGUACUCAACUUGAAAUUAUUUUAACGUACAAUCUAAAAGGUUGUUUUCUUCUUCAAACCUGUCUAAACCAGGUGUACUUGUCGUUUAAGAUCUUGCAUAUGAUAGAUUUCUUCUUCCUUUUUUUUUUUUUUUUUUUUUUUUUUUUUGAUUUUGCACUGUGUAAAUGCAGUCUUGCUAGCACAAAAAAAAAAAAAAAAACAUUGCCAAUAUUGUUUCAACUCUUGCCACUGUAAAUGAAGAUCAGCUUUUCUUUCAUUAACAGUUCCAGGCUUGUUCCUGGAAAAGUUUAGAUCAUUCUUUUUUUUUUUUUUUCUUCAGGUUUCUUUGUGAUAUAUUUAGC